AUGAGCGUCAGGGAACUCUUCGUUGACUCCGACGAUGAGCCCGAGGAGGGCAGCCCCUCGGCCGCCUCUACCAACAGCUCCGCCAGCCCAGCCAGCUCCGUCAGCUCUGCCGACUCCUUUUCAGAGCAUUGCAAUCCUCAGGGAAGCAAUAAUGGACCGACGACAGGGCCGAUACCGGAAGAAGAUGAUGAAGGCCUGAACAUCGAUAUCAAGCACAAGGCUUAUGUGGGAGCUCACGGCAGUGUCAGAGAGGAGGCUGUGCAAGUAUCAGACCUGGACUUCCUUGGUUAUAUAGAUCCGGAAGAUGAGCACCCAGGACCGAAGAAGCGGCGUCGGGAGAAUGACUCUGAAUCCGAUGAUUUCGGUGCGCGUCGCAGAGGAGGCUUUGGAAGCUUUGGUGAUGGUAACAGCUCUAUGCCUGUUGCGGCAAUUUGA